UUUUGACUAUCAUCUUCAUGCAAUCGUGUCACACUGUAACUCGUUGGGAAGUAAGAGCUCGAUGAAUUUUACCCGCAUUGAGUCACACUGAUAGCCUUUCUAUCCCCAACGAGUCACACUAGCUGUGGGUGUGACUCGACGGGGAAAACAUUUAAUGGAAUCGUAACGAGUCACACUGUUACACCAUCGGGUGUGACUUGUUGGGCAUCAACCGUUUUUUAGGCUUAUGUUUUGCCGUUUGUCAAUUGUGUGACGUACGCAAGGUUCGGGGCGACCCACUAACUAUAUUAUUACGGAAAAUAAAUGUAUGUAUGUGUGUUUGUGUGUUUGUGUGUGUGUCGGCAGCGAGGCGGAGCCGAAGGGCAGCGACUGCUACGAGAAGUUCAGCGUGAUGCAGGACUGCAUGGCGCAGUAUCCCACGCUGUACGCCAAGGACGACGACGACGACGAGCUCGCCGCCGCGCUCGACGCUGCAGGCGACGCCGCGCCCGCCGCCAAGCCCGCCGCCGUCGCCGCCGCCGCCGCCAGCGCGGAGCACUAGGGGGCGCCCUUGCGUUGCGUUCUGUUUUCAGACAACUUUUUAUUACGCACAUAAAAUGUGAGGUCACGGACAGGUCACCGACAUUCAACGUACAACCACAUAAUUCCAACUAAAGUUCUCUGCACGACUCUCGACAUCACUGGGUGUAUUAACGGGCAGAAGAUGUUUACCAGAAGUGAAUAAUAUUAUGCGGACUAUUUCGUAUCUCUGAAAAAAAAAUUCCGAAAUUAACAUUCACAGACUUUUCUCUCUAAAUCCUUGAGAAAUCGUAGUUGAGGCUUUUACAGUAGAAACACACCUCGUACAGCCAACACCUGUCCACAAAACUUAUGUUAGAAUUCGUCCUCGGUUCGAUAACUUUUUCACUACAUUGUCAUUCAAUCUGUCCACAAACCAGGAGUGGUACUCAUAGGUUGGUAUUUUGUUGUAACAUUUGGCCGCGGCUGCCGAGCUGCCGAUGAGGAAUUAGUUUUAGUUAAUGAAGAAACUGCUCCGGUACAGUGUUGUAAAUAUUUGAGUGAGUUUUGAUAGCAGUAAGAGAAGGUACUAUCAAAAUGUGUUAUGCGAUGAACUACUUUGAUUUUACAAAGAGAAAUAAAUACAUUACGAAAAAA